AUGCUUUUUCCGUGCUCGCCAUGGCUUCUGUCGCUGCCACUAUUGCUGCUGGCGUGGACAGAUGUCGUCUCUGCCUUCUUCCCGUACAACCCAGUUCCCAAUGCCAAUGCUAAGAGCAAUGGGUUGUUGUUUCUCGCCGAUCUACCCAAGCUAGACCUAAAAGGCCUGAGAGAGCGGUUCUACUCGUACAGUCCAAGUAGGAGCAAGAGCGAGGGGUCUCUUCUUCCUCUUCCGCUAAGAGAUGUCAAAGAACCUGUCAAGCUGGAUAUUAUCAAGGUUCGCGGAAAUGUUCGUCGCCAAAAUAUUUUCAAGGUUUACCAUGCGGAUCCCACCCUUAUGCCGAAUAGUCUAGCUAUCAGUAGUGACGGAUAUGACUAUUCCUAUUUCUCGAUAAUGUACUUCGGUUCCGAACGACAGCCCAUGUGGAUGCUGAUGGACACUGGGGCAGCUAACACCUGGCUGAUCAGCUCCAAUUGCACCCUUGAACCCUGUAAGAUUCAUAACACCUUUGGUACCGAGGACUCCAAGUCCCUUUCGAUCUCAGAUAUCCCCUUCGACGUUACAUAUGGGACGGGGAAAGUAUCAGGGUUUCUAGUCAAUGAUUCUAUCGCCUUUGCUGGAUUCGAUCUACCAAAUGUGAGCUUUGGGUCCGUGUUGGAUAUGUCCAGGGAAUUCAUGAAUUAUCCCAUGGACGGGAUUCUAGGCCUAGGCCGGGGACCUGCUUAUAAAGUCAAGGCGCCGACGGUAAUGGAGGAACUAAAGAUGGGUGGAUUGCUGAAGAAAAACAUCAUCGGUAUCAAUCUUCAACGGCACGGCGAUGGGGCACGGGAUGGCCAGAUUGUUUUCGGCGACGUCGACAAGUCUAAAUUUGUCGGCGAUAUCUCAUACACCAAAACUGUGCCCAACGUAGGGCACUGGGAAGUUCCGGUGGAUGAUAUCUUUGUCGACGGCAAGCCGUUGAACUUCCAAGGCAAGAACGGCAUCUUCGACACAGGCACCUCCUACAUCCUUAUCCCCUACGAAGACGCGAAACGCCUCCACGAUGCAAUCGGCACCGCCGUGAAAACCCCGAGUGGGACACAUAUUGGGACCUCCCUUGCUCGACAAAGACGAAGAUCGAGCUGGUCGUAUCCGGCGUGA